GCCCGCGGAGAAGCUCCUCAAGCGCAUGAUUGUUCCCAAUGCAGAUUUGAGGUGUACGGCGAAACAGGCCAUGGCUGAUAUAUAUUGGCAGGCUGCAGCUGCAACGGCAGUUCCAGACAAACAUGCACAUAAGAAAUCCGCCUCUGUUGCCGCUUCCCCCCGCGAAGCAAACGCCCAUCCAUACACUUUCAUCCUCAUUUAUAUCCCCCCCAUCGAAAGACACCUCCACUCCAAAAGAUGCCGCACCCAAAGAGGCGUCUGUCUCGCGGCUUCUCGACAUUUCACUCCCCUGGUCCUCCAGUUCUCGCCCCCCCCUCCCGCUCCUCAGCAUCCCACUCGGUCUCCCGCACACCUGAAAAGGAGAUCAAGGAGGAUACCCACGCCGGUGACAGGCAUCAUGCACGAUCGAAAUCGCAACCCAAGCUCCGUUCACCCCACCCUCACGCGGAUGGAUAUCGCCAAGGGCGGAAGUUGUCAACUGUACAAGGAUCACCUGCUGUUAAGGGCGCGAAACAGCUCGGACCUGCUCCCCUCAGUCCCGUCGGCACUGCAAACACGAGUGGUAACACGAGCAGCAGCUCCGGGUUGUUCUCGCUCAAUUCUCUCACACCAGUCCGGAAACCGCUUGGACCGAGAACGCCUUCGAAUCUCUCUCUCAGAGAUCUAGAAAGCGGAAGAAAGAAGGGGGCGAGGACAGGGAGGGAGAACACGCCACGUGCAAAAGAAAACUCGCCACUCGGAGAUAGCAAAGAAAACACUCCCCAAAACAAAGGAAACGGCACACCCAAAAUGAGCGGUCGUAAACCCCGCUCGCGUUCUCGAGCGGGUGUAUUGGCAGACUUGACGGGUUUUGCGAAGAAUGUGGAUUUGGGUGCGCAUGGGUUGCCGAAGGCGAGGGCGAAGGGUACUUUGAGGAGUGUUUCGGAUUUAAGGAAUGUUUCGAGGGCGGAUGUCAGGAGCGCGUCGAGGCCGGACGUUCGUGAUGCGUCGAAGACAGACGUUCGAAGCGUAUCGCGGACGGACAUCAGUGUCACACAGAACACGUCGAGGGCAAGUCUGAACGAGCACCCCACCCCCAACGCUUCCACUGCAGACCUCGCGAACGUAUCCACAACCGUAAAUGUCAGCGGUAUGGCCAAUACCACGUCCUCGACCGUAGGCAAGGGCAGCGUGCGUGACCGUAUGCGCGAGUGGGAGCGUGAACGUGAGCGGUUGCGGGAGAUGGAGAGACUGACGGAGAUGCAGCGCGAAGCUGAGUCUAUCAUGACGUCGACCAACGGAAACAUCGACGAUGAUGAUGAGACGGAGUUGAGCGACGAAGAAGUGGAGUGUGCAAUUCAAAGGGAGGAGGCUCAGGAGGCACGUCGUUCCCCUGUUUCAAGCGGCCAGACGAGUCCCGUGGAUGUACAGCAUGAUGUGAAGACAGAGGAGACGGAUAGCGAGAUUGAUCCAAAUGUUACGAGCUAUCGUGCGGAUUUGAGCGCGGAGCACAUUGAGAUUGCGAGGAUAGGGGUGAGGGCGAGCGCGCAGUUGUUGACGAUGAGCAAAGGAAGUGUUUCCGUGCUUGGGUUGGACAGGAGCUAUUCAGCGUCGACGGCGCCUGCUGAAUGUAAUCUACCAAGUGAGAUGCCUCGGGCGAGUGAGUCUGGAUUCGUUGGACUCAAACACAGCGUGAAAGCUUCUAUUGACAAAGGCGUUCGGAUGUACAAGUCCUCGACACUUGGACAAAUCACGAGUGGUCGUACGACACCUGUGUGGUGUGCUUCCCCGGAGCCCAUCGAGUUUGAGCAGCGCCGCUCGGGUGAAGCUGGGAGAUUCAGCUAUGAGGAUAUUCGCCCAGAGAAUGCUGCUGAGAAGGAACGGGAGACCGCUGUUGAUCGAAUGAAUCUCUGGAUUCAGAAUGUUGAAAGAGUCGUCGAGGAAACGCGCCAGAACUUUGCUUUUGCAUCCACCAGCAUUACUCCACCUCCUGCGCUUCCGCUCUCGCCGCCCAUUUCACGUUCUAGUUCGCAGGCGCUCAAUGCGUCGCGUUCAUCUUCGCGCCUUCCAAAACACCAACUCGUUCUCGGGGUAUAUGUCUCCCGAUAACUCUGGGUUCACCCAGCGUGCUGGUGUGCCUACCAUUAAUGUGCUUUCUCAGACUCCCCGACGCCAGCGUCGUGCCACCAUUUCGACGCGCUCGCCCAAGGUCGAUGAAAACGACAUAGAUGGGUUAGGCUCGCCGUCGAGGAGAAGGGAGAAAUCACG